AUGGCUGCUGCUGUUUCGUUACACCUGCAUUGCAUGGUCCCAUUGUCCUUGUCCCUUUGUGGCAUCCCGAAGGAGCGAAACACAGACGGUCGCGUAGUAACGACAAAAAGACUGGCUUCACUUUUUGGAACGCACUUGCAUUCUAUCUUACGUGCAUUAGGCUCUCACGGCAUUCUUGACAAACAAACACUCGUCCGUAACACUAUCACAGGUGCUUCUGUGACCACCACCUUUCCUAACCCACUCCAGUUCAUUCAUCCAUCAACUCUUCACUUCCUUUCUUCUUCUUCUGCCCCUCCUCUUACUACUGCUCCUCCAGGUCCACUUCAAUCCCCGCUGCCACGCCUCUCACUGCCGCUGCCGACGCUGCAGAGUCCACCAAGGCGGCCACUAAGAGCCCUACAGUUGCCCACCCGCUCCAUUUCUACGCAUUUUUGCGAUCGUCCCUUGGUUUGGGUUGAAUGCCCUUGUCUUUUUGUCUCUGUCAUGACGUACAUUGAUGCUUCAUCAUUACUCGCCGUCACAUGUUCCGCUGUCAAGAAUCAAGUUCGUUCAAUGUCAUUCAUCUUCUUUUCCCCAGUGGUUCACCUCCGCCCCGGACCUCCGGGCCUCACAUCACCAACUGCCGACACCCUCCGGUCUCCUCGGGCGGCCGAUGUUGGAUUUUUUAAUUCAACUCAAUCCAACCUCGAAAUUACAUAG